CCACUAGUUCUUAUUUCCCUGUAAUCCAAACCUCUCUCGCGAUGUUUUCUUCUCUUCCUCUCACUUUCUACCUUCUAAAACCUCAUCCCUAACCUCUAAAACAAGAACACCCAAAAAAGAAAAACUGGUAGAAACAACCAUGUCUAUAUCUCCAAUCAGCAAUCCAUCUCCUCUCUGUUCUUCUCCUCCCCUUCAAAGACCACUUCCACUCACCAAGCAAAAUCCAUGUCUCCCUUUCCUUUCCAAGCACCCUUUCUCCAAGACCUUCUCAUUUCCCUACUCUUCACUACGAUUUUCCACCACCCAAUUGGCAAAACCGUCAAUUUCUAUCAUUAGAGCAUCGUCCGCGGCUGCUUCCGAAUCCGAACCGUCGAAAUCGGACAACGAUCAAGGGGAAUGGGAGCAGUAUGAGGUAGAAUUGGAUAAGCCGUAUGGGUUGAAAUUUGUAAAGGGCCGUGAUGGCGGGACGUACAUCGAUGCCAUCUUGCCAGGCGGAGUGGCUGACAAGUCUGGAAUGUUCACCGUCGGAGAUAAAGUAAUUGCCACCAGUGCUGUCUUUGGAACAGAGAUAUGGCCCGCAGCUGAAUAUGGACGGACGAUGUACACCAUCCGUCAGAGGAUUGGCCCAUUGCUCAUGAAAAUGCAAAAGAGAGAUGGGAAGUUAGAAGAUGCUGGUGAGCUUUCAGAAAAGGAGAUAAUCAGAGCUGAGAGGAACUCCGGUGUUAUUAGCAACCGAGUGAGGGAAAUUCAAAUGCAAAAUUACAUGAGAAAGAUGGAGCAGAAGCAACGCAGAGAAAAAGACCUCCGUGAGGGACUACAGCUUUACAAGAGCGGAAAAUAUGAAGAAGCAUUGGAGAGGUUUGAAUCUGUACUGGGAUCAAAACCGGAACUGACAGAAGCUUCGGUAGCAAGUUACAAUGUUGCAUGCUGUUAUUCCAUGCUCAAUCAGGUGCAAGCUGGUCUUUCUGCACUUGAAGAUGCAAUGGAGGCAGGAUAUGAAGAUUUCAAGACCAUUCGGACAGAUCCUGAUCUUGCCAAUCUAAGAACAUCUGAAGAAUUUGAGCCUCUAUUGAAAAGAUUUGACGAGUCCUUCAUCAAUGAGAAUGCAGUCAAUGCAAUCAAAUCUAUAUUCGGAAUAUUCAACAAGAAAUAGCAUUAUGGGCCCACAUUGCGUACUAGCAAGGCCUGUCUCAGGGAUCAUCUGUCAUUGUUGCGACACAUUGGAGGGCUUAGAUGCGAGCUUUUUCAAACAGUGGUUCUCUGAAGCAAAGGAGGUCAUCAAAGAGAUUUCAAUUGGGUUGUUGUGUACUUAUUGCCUGUAUGAUUCUUUCGGGAACUAAAGCCCAUAAAUGUAGCUUAAUCUUAGGAGAGAGUCUCGAAGAAGAGAAGCUCAGAAAGGUGUCAUUUCUGUGCCUUUUUUUAA